GGUUAUAAUUUUUUUUUUUGUUCUAAUUAUCUAACUUUCUGAGGUGUUAACUACUAGCUUAACUCAACACUCGAAUAAUGUUAUCUAUUACUUAAAUGUCAUAAUGUUUUAUUAAAUUACAGUUUUAAAUAUAUUUAUAUAUUACGUAGUUUAAAUACAUAUAGAAAAAUAUUGAUGCCAAAAUAUUUAAACUUUUACAUACUAUUGUAGAAUUCCAAUUAUACUUUACCUAAAAUUAACAAAGUUCACGAAAUACUUAAAUAUGAUCAAAUCCAAGAAAUUUAAAAUGCAUAAAUUAAAACUUGGCAAGAAAAUGAAUGAAUCUAUAGAAAAUAUGUCUGACAAAGAAAAUGAUAUUUUUACUGAUUCUAGUUUAGAACUAUUUGAUACAUUGAAACCAAAAUUGAAAACCAAAAUAAAUUCUAAAAAUAACUCAAAGCAUGUUAUGCUUGAUACAAUUGAUUUAACUAAUGAAUCAUAUCUCGGAUUUGAAGAUAUUAAAAUAAAAAAAAAUAAAAAAAAGGAUUCUUUAAUAGUUUUUAAUAGCAAUUCAUCAAGGAAUGAAAUGAGUUCUAAUGAAAGUUUCAAAUCAGCUACAAAUUUACUUUUUAGCCCUAAUAAUAACUAUCAAGACCUUACAAAUGUUGAUACGUCACCUGUAAAACUUAUUAAUAGUAUUAAUUCUGAAAUUUCAUUAUCUGAUUCUAUUCAAAAUUUUUCUAAACUAGAAUGCAAUGAUACAAAUUAUGCAUUUAAUCAUGUAGAAGAUAUAAACUCUGAAUUUCAAAAUAAUUAUACUACACCUAAAGUAAAAAAUAAUCAAACUAGUGACCUCUCAGAAUCAGCAAAGCUAUUAGAUCGUAUAUAUGGAUAUGAGUGGCGACACAUUGAUGGAGUAAUAAAAGUUACUGACAAAAAACAUUUGAAUAAACAUUUUGAUGAAUUGAAUGAUGAAAAUGUCUCUAAUAAAAAUUAUAAUGAAAUUAAAAUUGUAUCUCCUGAAAUUCCUUCAAAAACUUCUAACAAUCUUCAUAAAAAGGAUAUCGAAAAUGAAGUCAAUAAUACUUCAAUAAUUUUAGAGAAUAUCAGUUUAUCAAAUGAUUCAGAUUAUUUAACAAAUAAAAAAAUAAAUAUUGAUUCUACUGCUGUAACUAGUUAUAAAAUUAACUUUAACAAAUCCAACACAUUUACUGAAGAUGAUGAUAAACAAUGUUCUUAUAUAGAAGCUAAGCUUUCUUUUUUGAGUUCUUUAUCAUGUUUUACUGGGUCAAUGAAAUGUGACCCUGCAGCUGAAAAAUACAAAAUUAAAUUUAAAAAAAAUAAAGAUGAUUUAGUUUCUGUAUUAUUUAAAUUAUUCAAUAAAGAAAUAUUUGACAAUAAGCUUCCAGCUGAUAUGAAUUUCAAAUGGAAUGCACGAUUAAGGUCAACAGCAGGUGCUUGUUUCAAUAAGCGUUUGGUUAAGAUAAAUGAAAAUUUAGACUGCGAAAGAAUUUCUCGCAUUGAACUUUCUUCUAAAAUUAUUGAUACAGCUGAAAGAUUAAGAGAUACAUUAAUUCAUGAACUUUGUCAUGCUGCUUGCUGGAUAUUUAAUGGCAUUUCUGAAGGGCAUGGACCAUCAUGGAAACGCUGGGCAAAUAAAGCUAUGAAAAAGUUUCCAGAACUUCCAAUUAUUAAAAGAUGCCAUAGCUAUGAAAUACAAACAAAAUUUACAUAUAAAUGUAUUAAGUGUGGCUAUAGUAUUGGACGUCAUUCAAAAUCAUUAAACAUAGAAAGAAAAAGAUGUGGAUAUUGCUAUGGAGAAUUUGAAUUAAUUGUAAAUAAAGCUAAUAAUCACAAGACUAUUAAUAAUUUACCAGAUAUGUACACAGAUCCAUUGAAACAAUUAUACAAUUUAAAUGACAUACAAUCUACACCAAAACCUGUCAAGAAACCAUCAAGAUUUGCUUUAUAUGUUAAAGAAAAUUAUGGCAGAGUGAAAAGAGAAAAUCCUUUAUCAAAGCAUGGUGAAGUAAUGAAAUUACUUGGCUCUCAAUAUGCAACAGCAAAAAUAUUAACUACUGAUGAAAUUUUUGACAAACUUCUUGAUAAUUAAGUAUCAAGACAUAAUAAUACAAUUUAAAAAUUUGAUAUGGCUUUUAUUGAUUUAAUACAAAC